AUGAAUGCAUUUACAGUAGUCUAAAAUUUAGUUGAAGCAGUUGAAUUGACUUUGUUUAUUAAUAAUCACCCUGGAGUUGCUUAGGAUGACUUUGAAAUAGAAACUUAGAAGAGGUUCAAAUUUUUGGAGGUUUUGCAAUAGUUUACAAGUUUUGAAGGAAUCACAACACUAUCAAGUUCUCAAGACUAAUUUGUUUGUAUACAAGUGGCAAUUGCAAAUCCAUAUUGA